UUCCGGCUGGGCUGAACUUUAAAUAAUGAAUUUAUCCAGGCGUUAAUUAAACCAAUAGAACGCUCGAAAUGAAAAAAAAAACAAAAAAACAACAACAUCUGAGCAGUGAAACAGCAGGGGGGCAAAUAAUGCCCGCAUUAAAACCACGAGUGUGUAACGUUAGACCAGACUCUACAGUAAGGCUAGUCGCAGAGCUAACAGUCUCCCCCGCUCAGAUCUGCCGCCUGUACUGCAUUCUGUACAUGCCCACCAGCGUUUAUUAACAAAACAACCAGCCCAUGCUGUAAUCUGCGAAUGACUGCAUAAAGCUGAGCGACAAUGGACUCGAAGAGGGAAAAGGUCAAUGAAACAGAAUGUGCAAAGAUCACCACUGUGCUUCUGAAGUCCCGCACCGGGGAGUUUGAUUUGGAGUCCAUUAUGUUUCUUAAAUUAAGGAAUUUAGGAAUUUAUGACCUUGGAUGUAUAGGACAGUGUAUAAACCUGGAGAGGCUGGACCUCUCUGGAAAUAACAUCACAAAUCUGGGGCCUCUUUCAUCUCUACGAAGACUUCUUGUCCUUAACUUGUCAGCCAAUAGAAUCUCUAAUUUAGAACCCCUUUCCAACUGUGAAAGUUUACAGAGUUUGAAUGUUGCUGGUAAUGUGAUACCAAGUGUUGAUAAUCUUCAUGCACUCAAGCCUUUAAAGAAGCUGGAGAGCAUUAGAUUGAAGGACAACACCUAUAAUUACACCAAUCCAGCUUGCAAGAAUUCAUUAUACCGGACACUUAUUCUUGAAAUGUUCCCAAACAUGAAAGUGUUGGAUGGUGAAAGGGUGGUGGGACGUGGAAGUGACUUAUACCAACUAUGCAAAGACAUUGAUGAUACAAUUAAAGCAGGCAUGUUUAAAAAUGGCCAUCUGCCUGAGUUGCCAGACACCAAACCUUGGGUGGAUGAUGAUUUUUGGGAGAUAAAGAGAUCAGACAAUGCCAUAGUUGAUGAAGCCUAUAAACAAUUCAGUGAUGUUCUUCAUGAAUGCAGGCUGCUGAACAGUCGAGCAGCCCACGUGAUCUCACAAAAUGAAUGGACCGUCAGCCUCAAGAGCCAUCCAAAGCAGUAUGCCGUUUAAAUCUGGGAAUCUCUCGAUCUCAUUACGUUUCCAAUAAAAUGCAUGUUUUUUCCCACAGCUUUUUUUAUGCGUUUCCAUAAGCUUUAAGUCCAUAAGCUUGAUGCGUCACCGGUGCCAGAAAUCCAAAAUGCUCCGUGUUGCCUGCAGUGUGAGGGUUUAGAUUUUGUAAUUACACUUGAGUUCUUUCUGAUUUUCCACUGUUUAGAGAGACCGAUACUUACACCUAAUCCGGUUUGAUCACUGUCUCAGGAUGUUCAGAAUCAAGACAAUUCCUCUUUGCACUCCUAACACAAUGCUGUAUUUAACGUUAUGCUUCAAAUGCUGCUAUUUGUAUAUUUCAUAAUGGUGAAGCACUUGUAUUGUUUAUUAACCACUUCUGAGGCUUUCCCAUGUUGCUCUUCUUGUUUACAAUUUUUAGUGAAUGCAUUUUGCCUUUUUAUUGUAUGCCUAAUGUGGAUGAUUUUUUUCUAAAUUGGUUGUUUCAUACUAUAUUGCUCCUUUUUAUUCGCUCAAGCAGCUUUGUGUUUUAAAAUGCAUCUAAAUUGUAUAAUAUAUGAUAUAAUGCAUCUUUUUUUUUUUAUUUACAUUUUGUUGGAUAGCCUAAUAUAUAUUCAUGCCAGAAAAUGUCUUUGUGUCUGUAUUUAUUAAUCUUACACAAUGUAAAAAAGCAGACUAUUAAAAAGUUUCAGAGUGUUUAAAUGGUUAAAGUGCUAGUCUACCCAAGAAUUAUAUAUUUACAAAGAUGUUCUUUCUUCCAUUGAUUAUAAAAGGAAAAAUUUCCUGAAUGUUGCCAGAAUAUUCUUUGAGAGAACUAUACAUUUAAUGUUACACAAAUAAGUGUUCCGAACACAUUCAAGAAAAUGUGGGGGGUAUGAAUGCACUGUGGCAUCCGAUGCAGUAGGGGGAGUUCAGCACGU